UCCCUCUGGGAAGUGAGUGGAGUUGGAAAGUCAGCUGGGUGCUUUCUCUGCCUCUCUGAGCUAACAGGCUUUCACUAUUGCAUCUGGCCCCUGAGUCUUCCUUGGUAAAAUCGAACGGCUGGGAUUUUUGGUUUUCAAACAACGUUUUGGCUCUCCGACUUGUAGCAAGGCCACAGGGACACUAAGAGUCACUCCUGCUGAGGACAACCUGAGAAGCCAUCAGAUUUGGUACCGGGCAUCGAUCCAGAAGCAGCCACAGGGAUGGAUGUGUUUCUCAUGAUCCGGCGCAAGAAGACCACCAUCUUCACUGAGGCCAAGGAGUCCAGCACAGUGUUGGAGCUCAAGCACAUAAUUGAGAGCAUCCUGAAGAGGCCUCCUGAGGAGCAGCAGCUGUUCAAAGAUGACCAGCUCCUUGAUGACAGGAAAACUCUGGGCAUGUCUUUAUUCCUCUGUGCUUUGGUUCGCACAUGUGUGCUACAUCUCACUGCAUCUCCUGGUGUGGCUGAGCUUCACCUGCUGUUACUGCUGAAUUCUCGACUUCCAAGAGCACAGCAGAGAAGAGCAUCUCUGAAUCUACAGAUGAGAUGGCUACAACGGGGUGACCGGCAACUAGGUCUGCCAGGAUGGGAGCGAUCCUACACAGCUCCAGUGGCUGUCUAGGGACAUGACCAGUAAAGCUAAAGAAACCACCACCAAAAAAAGAAAAAAACCCAGAAAGGUUAGCAGGGCUGGUGAGAUACCACAUCUAUGUCCCCUCCAUCUGAGGAAGGCUAAUCCUUGGUCCUAACCAAUUCUGAAAUAACAGAGACCAAAGCCAGCAGUGCUACUCUUUGGUCCCAAUUGCUACGUGAAUGUGGUUCAUCUGGGGCCCCAGAGUUUCUGGAUAACCUCCCUCAGCCAGAUCUGAGCACAUGUGGCCUCAUUCUAAAACGUCUUGCCCUCAAAGGCCUUCAGGUUGAAGGCAGUAUCCAGAAACUUCCUCAGUGACACCAAGUGAGCUAAACAUUAGAUUUUUAAAAAUCCUCCUCAUUUAUAUCUUUGUGGUGGAGCUAGAGCCCAGUGUCUAGUGCAUGCUAGGAAAUCACUCUGUGGUCAGUGCUACAUUCCCACCUCAAGCUUCUUGAUUGCUUUCAAAGAAUAAGCCUUGCUUUUUGUUUGUUUAUUUGUUUGUUUUUCGAGACAGGUUUCUCUGUAUA